AUGGGAACAAAAUUUGAGGCUUGCUCGAAUUCUACAAGAAGUUCAUGUCCUGGGUAUGCGGUCACUAACUUCACCCGCGCAGAGCAGGGAUUUGAAGCAUCACUUGUUCUGACCGGCCCUCCAUGCAACGCCUACGGCAAAGACAUAUUCCAUCUUACGCUCGGAAUUCGUUUUGACACGCAAAACCGCCUCCAUGUCCAUAUUAAGGACACCGUGGAAAAGCAGUAUCAAAUUCCCCGCGCAAUAAUUCCACUGGACAGCGGUAGCGGAGUCAGUGAGAAUGACAGCAAUUUAAAGUUCACACAUGUGCAAGAUGCCCAAAGCGGAUUUGGUUUCAAAAUCCAGCGCGGCGACGAUGUGAUAUUCGAUACCACCGGCCGCCCACUCAUUUUUGAGGACCAGUACAUCGAGAUCACCAGCAGCUUGCCGAAAAAUGCAAACAUUUAUGGAAUAGGCGAGACUCCGGAUUAUUUCCGCCGCAGCACGGCCAAUACCACAAAGACAUUGUGGAACCGGGACGCGCACAACCCGCUUGGUGAGAACGUCUACGGCUCACACUCGAUCUACAUGGAGCUGCGCAAGGGCAAAUUCCACGGCGCAUACCUACACAACUCACAUGGAAUGGACAUUGUGAUGGCCAAUGGCACGAUUCAGUACCGCCUGUUGGGAGGAACCGUAGAUUUAUACUUCUUCGGCGGGCCGUCAGCCCUGGAUGUCAUUGAUCAGUACACGGAGCUGGUGGGUCGUCCGAACCGUAUUCCAUACUGGUCAUUGGGCUUUCACAACUGCCGCUACGGGUACAAGAGUGUAUACGUGGUCAAUGAAGUUAUUGCGAAUUACUCCAAGGCUCGAAUCCCGUUGGAAGUGGCCUGGACUGAUAUUGACUACAUGGAUAACACACGCGACUUUACGUUUGAUUCUGUCAAUUUCCCGCUCAGCGAGAUGCAGAAGCAGCUUAAGUAUCUGCACAGCCGCAACCAACGCAUGGUGCUGAUGACAGAUCCGGCUAUCCAGCGCAAAACGUCAUAUGAGACGUAUGUUCGCGGCCAUGAACUCAAUGUAUUUAUUAAGAAUCCUGAUGGCAGCGAGUAUGUUGGGCACGUGUGGCCCGGGUACACGGUCUUCCCCGACUGGUUUGGCAACAAUACCGAUAAGUGGUGGCACGCAGAGCUCCAACAGUACUUUGACCAGCUCCCUAUCGAUGGGAUGUGGAUUGACAUGAACGAGGCCACGAGUUUCUGUACUGGCACCUGCGGCUCAGGCCAGCCCACGGACAAAGUCCCAGCCUUACCAUGGUUGGUCAGUUCGCCAGGGCCACCUCACCGCAAGCUGAAUACGAGCAACCCGUUCCUGGUUCCGCCGUACGCUAUUCACAACCCACAGAUCGAAAUUUCGGACAACACCAUCGAAACAACAGCCGUACAUGCAAAUGGGGUGAUUGAAUACCACGUGCAUAACCUUUACGGGUACAUGCAGUCCAAGACCACAAGAGAUUUCUUGCUGGCGUACCGCCAAAACAAACGCCCCUUUUUGCUCAGCAGAUCGACGUUCGCGGGCUCAGGAGCGCUGGUCAACCACUGGACAGGCGACAACGAGGCUACAUGGCAGGACCUACAUAUUUCAAUAUCGUCUGUCUUUGACUUUGGCAUUUUUGGAAUACCCAUGGUCGGCGCCGAUAUCUGUGGAUUUACAGGGAACACAACAGAGGAGCUGUGCGCGCGGUGGAUCGAAGUGGGUGCAUUCUAUCCAUUCUCCAGAAACCACAAUGCCAUUGAGAUGGAGUCGCAGGAGCUCUACCUGUGGGAGAGUGUGGCAGAGGCCAGCAGACGGGCGUUGGCUGUCAGAUACAAGCUACUGCCGUAUUUUUACACCAUGUACCAGUAUUCGGUCGAGGUGGGCUGGCCAGUUGCUCGGCCCCUGGUGUUUGAGUUUCCACAGGUUCCUGAAACCGCAGGUAACGACCGGCAGAUGCUCAUUGGAGGCGGAAUUUUGGUUUCACCAGUGCUUGAAGAGGGAGCUACGACUGUCCGUGCAUUCUUUCCCGCCGGAAAAUGGUAUGACUGGUACGACUACACUGAGGUCACGGGCACAAAUGCAUUUGUAAUUCUAGACGCGAAUCUGGAGCAUAUAAAUGUCCAUAUCCGCGGCGGUAGCAUCAUUCCAAUGCAGCCGCCAGGGAUGACCACGGUGGAGUCGCGAGCGAACAACUUCCAGCUGCUUGUUGCCACUAAUGGACAAGGCAAGGCGUCUGGCGAGCUGCGUGCCAGAAGUGAGCAUGGUGUUUGUCAACGGAGUGGCAGCUAAAAGUGACAUCAAACUCACAAACGGCACAACUGUGGUUUCAGGUCUUCUUGUCGACCUCAAUGCAGGGUCGUCGGUUGCAUUUCGUUAG